AUGUCUGUCCGGCCAAUGACAAAACGGCCUGGCGACGGCUCUGAUCCGCUCUCGCUUGGGGACGACUCUGGUUAUUCUCUGUCUAACCACCCCAGUGCCGAUUCUAAAUUGAAGCUGCCUCGAAUUGAACGCGGCCAAGAUGAUUUUUCCACAGUGGUGAAAAAUAGAUUACAAUCUUAUACUCGCACAGGCCAGGCGUGUGAUCGCUGCAAGGUCCGCAAGAUUAGAUGCGAUGCACUGCCAGAAGGAUGCUCACAUUGCAUUAAUCUGAGUCUAGAGUGCUACGUAACGGAUCGUGUUACGGGCAGAACUGAGCGCCGUGGCUACAUGCAGGAGCUAGAACGAGAAAAGAAUGGCAUGGUCUCGCAUAUUCGCGAUUUAGAGCGCCUCCUUCGCGAGAAUGGAAUCGAAGUCAAGCCCUUCAAGGAAGUUUCGACAGAAGAUUCAUACGACCCUUUACCCAGCGGCGGCUCUUCACGGUCCUCCCUCAGCGACUUUGUGCAAGUCGGCUCAUUAUGGGUAAAGAAUUAUCCGGAAAAGGCAAAUUAUACACCUAGCUUUCCGAGAAGCCAGCUCGAGGUGGAUGACACACGGCCGCAGCCCAAUGCUCCGCUGAGCACGGUACGCGGUACAAAGCUGUCCAUCUUAGGCACUACGAUUGACACUACUUCGUUUGAGGCACCGGACGUCGAUGAGCCCCCGGAUGGCACACCCAUUGAUACACCCAUCUACAACAAGUCUGUGCAAGCGUUCUUACAAUCCUCUAUGCGGGUGCAGCCUCCUAUGCAGGUGCCAAUGCCGAGUCGUGAGGAUGCCUUCAAUUAUGCUACAUGGUAUUUUUCCACGGUCGCUGCUUUCCUUCCUCUCCUACAUCAGCCGUCUUUCAUGUCACUUCUCACUCGAAUUUAUGACGACCCUCAAUUUAAGCCCACAGCUCCCGAAAUUGUUAUGGUACACAUGGUAUUUGCGAGCAUUCUCUUCAACAUUGGUCUACGAAAUGAGCAUCGCAAGCAGCUCAACGACCUGUCCAACCGCCACUAUCACUACGCUCUCAGUCUCAUGUAUGAGUUGCAAAUAUCGAAAGAGCUUGCCGCUGUGCAGGCACUCGCGCUCAUAGCGUCCCAUACUCGGUCGUUCCCAAAGCCUGGUGCCGGCUCCAUUGUCGCUCAUCUAGCCUUGCAGCGUGCUAUUGACCUCAACCUGCACAGGGCAUGGAAAAGUCCUGAUGAAGGCACAAACCUAACAAACGAAUUGCGUAAACGUACGUUCUGGACAAUUCUCAUGGUUGUUGUCGCCAUCACCGGCCGACGUGGCUUGCCAAUCCCCAUUUCUGUCGAAGAGUUUGACGUUGGCUUGCCAGAGCCAAUCGCUGAUGAGCUGCUAACUGAAGAUGGUGUUGAUACUUCGCGCACAUUACCAUGCCCCUAUGAGGCAGGCAUUGCUGGCAUCAAAAUUACCACAAUCUUCAUGGAGAUUUACUCCAAUAUGUACAGCGUCCGCCGUGACCCCAACAACUACACAAACAUUGUCAAAGCUCUCGAAAAGCAACUCCAUCAAUGGGAAGAAGAGCUACCGGCUGCGCUACGAAAGGUGUCUGGUGAGGAUAUGAAUCUUGCUGCGCUUUACAUGCGGGGCUUUUAUCUGGAGGCACGGCUGUCUCUCCGGCACCCUUCAGUUGCCAUGACCAAGGAUAAAAAGAUGCUUGCCGAUAACACGCGCGUUUGCGAAGAAAUUGGCCGAGAAUUCCUACAGAUUACGAAGCAGAUUGAUAAGAUGAGAUCUUUGGAUACCACUUGGUAUUCAAUGUCGGUCUAUGCCACCUGCAUCUUCUGUAUGCUCGUGGCGCACUGGGAGCGACGGUUCCAGACAACGCCAGAAAAAGUGCAGCAACUUCGAACUGAUAUGGAAGACUGGAUGGGCGUGCUUCGAUCCAUUAGCUAUCUGCUCGGCUCUGGUCCAGGCAUUGCAUCGGAAAUUUAUAAGAUUAUGAACCGAACCAUCAAUUGGAUCGAGCACGAUAUGAAACGAACGGACAAGGUUAAGCGGCCCGCCGCAGAGUCUCCUGUUCCUAUCAUGGUGAAAACGGAAUACCCGCCUGUACAGAGGUCACCUCCGAAAUCCAAUGUUUCACAUCACCGACCUCGGCCACAGCAGCAGGCGCCAAUGCCGCAAGUGCCACCAGUUCAGCAGCUGCAGCUUCAACCACCACAACCACCCCAGCAGCAGCCGCAAUUACACCCAUCGCAGCAUCAUCACCCCCACAUGCAAGCAGCGACACAAACACAGCCUUCACCACCCAUGCAUAAUCAACAGCAUCAGCAUCAACAUCAACAUCAGCAAGGGCCACUUCCACCGCAGAUGCAACAGCAGCAGUCUCACGUAGACCGUGUGUCACCUGAAGCUGGCGGUGUGCAUGGGAGUGCGUCACCCGAGAAUGCCAAUGCGAGCACCUACUACGCCAAUGGUGAUCCGAGUCAGACCAACUAUGUUACCAUGGGCUACAACACCACCGCUGGUCAACAGCAAAUAGUACCAGCGACAUCGACCUAUCAGCCACAGGCACAAAUGUACUACGCGACAACUGCCCAGGUUCCCAAUGGGACCGUACAGGACACCGCGGGCCAGGUUAUUAGCUUUGGCUCUCACCCGUCGGCGAUUACAUCGGCAGAUUUCCUGUGGCAGGCUCGCGGUACUACCUGGCAAGAUUGGACCCAGGCCAUUGCAGAUCCUGAUGAACGGUACAACGCCAAUGCACUCAUUGAUAUUGGUGGCAAUGCACCUCAGUCCCGUCUCAAUGUGGACAACAGCAUGUUGCAAAACGACCCAACGUCGAUGCCUCAGAGCCAUCCGGAGAUGACUGCUACGCACAUGCAACCUUGGCCUAUGGCCAUAUUCGGUCACGGCGGAGCGACCGGCUCGUGA